GCCCAGCACGGCUCACAGCCCGGCCUACCAACUUUGCGAUCUUCUCCCGUCCGAGACACGUGGGACUUCCCCAUCAUCGCCUCGCUGAAGCAGCUAGCUGCAGUACGCAGCGCUGCUCCGUGCACGCCGCCCACUACUGCUUGCCCGCCAGUUUGAGUGCGUUUACCUAUGGGCCAGCUCGACAUGAAAUGCGAGAGAAGAGCAGAUGGUGCUGCGUGAGCCUCCGCCGUGCGGCCGCCCGCCGUCCCCUCGACGUCAUUCCCGCUGACAUGCCCGGCACACCGAGUGCAGUCAGCGAAAGCGCAGCGCAGGCAGGCCCACCGGUGUGCAGGGCCCAGUCAGCGCUUUGCGCGCCGCGGGCGAAGCCCUCAGCCGCCGCGCGAGGGCCGUCAGGCCGCCAGUGCGAGAAGCCCGGCGAGACACACGGGCACGACAACCUUUGCGUCGAAGAACCUCGAGUGGAAGUUGCGCGUACCCAAUAACAACGAAGUGUCGUGACGAUCAAGUCGCUCAGGAUGGACCGUGUCCUCGUCAUCGCCAUCGUUUGCCUCUGUGCGUUCGUUGGCGCACAAGAGUGCAAGUCCGAGGUGGGACUAACAGCGUCCACGACGACGUCCACCGUUACCGACAGCCCCAAGCCGCAGACGAUGUCGACGCCCCUGUCGACGCCCCCGUCGAAGCCCGCGUCGACGCCCCCGUCGAAGCCAGCGUCGACGCCCCCGUCGAAGCCAGCGUCGACGCCCACUUCGAAGCCCGCGUCGACGCCCGCGUCGACGCCUGCGUCAACGCCCUCUCGGACGGCACCCCUGACCCUACCCGGCGUGCGUCCCAUGCUGGACCGCAGCAACUCGUCAGAGCCCAUUCCUUGCACCUGUGGCAUCUUCCUGACCAACCAGUGCAAGGGCCGGGAGCAGCCCGUCGGCCUGCCCGCCAUCAGCCACGAGUUUAAACGUGCCACCCCCAACACGGCGUACGGCGUGCGGCAGUGCACGAGCGCCUGCGUGGACAUGAUUGUGAAGCAUCUGCCAAAUAGCGGCGCCAUCCUCUGCUCGAGCGUCAACAAGACCAUCUCAAGGGAGAAAGCAUACCUUUUCAUCAAGAACCACCGAAACAAGUGGCUGGCGACGAGGUUGUCGGCAGGGAAGGAGUUCUGCUGCAAGGAUGGUCACGCCGUCCGCUGUCCGAAGUAAAGUAUCGACCCCUGCAAGCAUCUGCAAAACCACGUCCUUUUCUUGUAAUAAAUAUUUUUUUACUGGUUAAAA